AUGGUCGGGUUAUAUAUCAGCUUGUUAUUCCUCCCUCUCAUCCUCACAUCUUCCGAUGGCAAAGUAACGCUUUGUUCAAGAAGUGGGCAUCAAUCAGAACAUUGUAUAAGGAAUGGACUCAACGCAAUAAUUUCGUCUCUGGUCAAAAAAUGGAAAGAGAAGGGAAGCAUCGACCCGCUCCUGGUGGGAAGCGUCGAAACCGACUACUUCAACGAAGCCUCCUCUUCCGAUAUCAGCCUCGUCCUCAAGGAUGUGGUAGUUUCCGGACUCUCUUCUACUGUCCUACGCCAGGUCAAGUGGAAGAACCUGGAAGAGGGAAAGCUGGAGCUGAUGUGCAAAACUGAUUGGUUGAGUGGGACCGGAAGUUACUGGAGCGAUGGUUAUGUAUCCACCUUCCCCGUCCAAAGCCACGGCAUCUUCAACAUCACCCUAGGCGAAUUGACUUCUCUUGUAAUACUCCAUCUGGAUCGGUCCGGUAAACACCUUAAGAUCAGAGAACUGAAGUUGGACACGAUGCCUUCCACAAUAGAUAUCCAGACUGGACGACAGCUUGAUGGCAACAACGCCUUAGGAGAGACUCUCAAUAUGUUCCUGAACGAGAACUCCUUCGAAUUAUUCGAGCUGCUGAAGCCCAAGCUUCUGCCAUAUUUCUCAGCCAAGAUAAAAGAUAUGUCCAACUCGAUUCUUCUCGUAACACCGACACAAUCGAUACUUCCAAUCCCUAACGUCUGA